AUGUUUCAUCAAGGAGUAUGGCUGUUGGUUCUUACAUCAUGUUCAUCUCUGGAGAUAAACGACGAGAUGAUAGCAAGGUACCGUGAGAAAGUGCGAGCUAUGUUUUACCAUGCAUACAACGGAUAUCUGAAUCAUGCUUUUCCACUGGAUGAACUCAAGCCAAUUUCAUGUACAGGACAUGACACGUGGGGAUCAUUCUCGCUUUCACUGGUCGACGCUUUGGAUACUCUCAUUGUGAUGGGUAAUACGACUGAAUUUCGACGAGCUGUUGAUCUUGUAUUGAAAAAUGUCAGAACAGAUGCCAAUGUGAAUGUUUCUGUCUUUGAAACAAAUAUACGUAUCGUUGGUGGUCUGGUUUCUGCUCACAUGCUCAGCGGUCGCGUUGAAGGUAUGGUACUGGAGGAUGGAUGGCCGUGCUCAGGUCCACUAUUGAGGCUAGCUGAAGCAAUGGCUGCUCGACUAUUGCCAGCUUUCAACACAGAAACAGGAAUGCCUUAUGGAACGGUGAACUUGAAGUAUGGUGUGCCCAAGAGUGAAACUCCCAUCACAUGUACAGCAGGCGUUGGAACGUUUAUUGUUGAAUUUGGUGCCUUGUCCCGUCUCACUGGUGAUCCUCAGUUCGAGCGAGUGGCGCUGAAAGCGCUAGAGUCACUGUGGAGGACACGAUCGUCACUUGGUCUCGUAGGCAAUCACAUCAAUGUACGGACAGGGCAAUGGACUGCCACUGAUACGGGUAUUGGAGCCGGUGUGGAUUCGUAUUUUGAAUAUCUUGUGAAAGGUGCUCUUCUUCUACAACGUCCAGCGCUGAUGGAACAAUUUCAUGAAUACGCUUCUGCUAUUAAUCGCUAUGUUCGCAAAGGUGACUGGUUCAUGUGGGUAACAAUGACGAAGGGCGCAGUUUCCUUACCAGUAUUCCAUGAUUCGGCAGUACGGUUUUCCACCAGAGUUCUACAACGUUGGCUGGCGAUACAAAACUCGGCGGCCGAAAAACGUGCAGCUUUCCCAUUGCGUCCUGAAAUAGCAGAGAGUCUGAUGUAUCUCUACAGAGCCACAGAGGACCCGCAGUUCCUGGAAAUUGCGGCGCAGUUGGUUGAUGCUAUUGAGCACAGCGCAAAAACUCCAUGUGGUUAUGCAACAAUUAAUAAUGUUAAUGAUCACUCAAUAGAAGACAGGAUGGAGUCGUUCUUUCUGGCGGAGACAACAAAAUAUCUGUAUCUGAUAUUCGAUCCGAACAAUUUUCUUCAUAAUGAUGGGCAAAGAGCACGAAUAGUGGACACGCCAAAUGGAGAAUGCGUUGUGGAUGCUGGUGGCUACAUAUUCAAUACCGAAGCGCAUCCAAUUGACCCUGCUAUUGUACAUUGCUGUUCUGCUCAAAGGCAAGCUGAACGUGAAGCUGUGAGGAAGUGGGAAGACAAUUAUGAUCUGCUGACAAUACUCGAUCAUCGUGAUACCGUAUCCCCAAUGUUACUUCGAAAGGAAAGUGUUCCUGAGAUUUUGACCAAUCUGAAGAAUAUUCGCGAGGACGUGCAUUAUUUGCCUAACACGCACUCACCAGAAACACCCUCUAGGACUGAACUAGACGUCGAGUUUGAAGUCGAUGAAUCUUUCAUCUUAGGCGCUUCGAAGAAUGAAAGUCAAGCUGAAUUGAGGCUUCGAUCAGCACCAUCUAACGAAUCAAACGAAAAACUUCUGACCGAUAUUUUCGCUGCGAUCACUAAAGACCUUUCGAGAAAGAAAGCUACUCCACCGCCAAAACCGUGGUCAGCAAAGAAAGCCUUCCGUUUCAAAUCAAAGCCCGGUAACACUGCUCUUACACAAGAAGAAAUACUGCAGAAGGUCCGAGCCUUGAUUCAUAGAGCUCGCCUUGAAGAUGAGCGCAAACGAGAGAUGGGAGAAUCGGCAAAUUCUGCUGAAGAGCUCGUUGAAACAAUGGCUAAAAUUCACAGCGAAUAUGCAGAACUCAUCAAGUAUGCCAAAGAACUCGACGACGAGUACUUCGAGUUGAUGAUGGAACGAGAAGAGAAGGCGCGAGCUGCAGCAAUGGUGCCGGUUGUGACAGCUGCAUGCCAGGUGAAGUAUGAACUCGGUCCUUUAUGUUGGACGUAUGAAACGCCAAGAGUGGAAGAUCAUUACCGUAAUGUGGCUCCCGUUGUUUUGCCAUCCACCGUCAUUGACAAACUUCGAAUAGCUGAUAUAGAACAGUUUGGAUUUGAACUUCUAACAACGCCACCACUUGGAUUCAGCUACAAGUUUGUUGGAGAGGGGCAAGUAGCCCUUUCAAGGAAUACGUCGUAUGUACAUUAA